AUGUUUCAAGAAACAGUAUUUGGUUGGAUAGUAGCCGGUCCCGCUAAGAGCGAAAAUAAUUGCACAGUGCAUUCUUUCUUUCUAAACGUGACGCCGGCCAGGCCGAGCUGUUUUGACCUGAACGAUAAAAUUACCAAGUUUUGGGAAUUAGAAGAAGUACCGAAAGAAAUAGUUUAUAGCUUCGAAGAAAAAAUGUGUGUAGACCAUUUUAACAAAUCAGUAAAAAGAAAUGGUGAAGGUAGAUUUGUUGUUCGAUUACCGUUACGCGAAAAUAUAAAUACCUUAGGUGCCUCGCGUUCAAUAGCUUUAAAACGUUUUUUAUCUUUAGAAAAUAGGUUUCGAUCGAAUCCCAAAUUAAAACAAAAAUACGUCGAGUUUAUGGAAGAAUACGUGAACCUCGGUCAUAUGGAAAGGGUAAACCCAGGUGAAAAAGAAGAAAAGUCGUAUUAUAUACCUCAUCACGCGGUUUUACGCGAUAGUAGCGCUACCACCAAACUACGCGUCGUAUUUGACGCGUCGUGUGCAACCGAUUCCGGAAAAAGUUUAAAUGAUUUGCUAUUAAAGGGGCCAAACAUUCAAGAUGAAUUAAUAUGCAUUAUUGCACGUUUCCGAUCAUAUGAAUACGUCAUGUCGUCAGACAUAGAAAAAAUGUAUCGCCAAAUUUGGGUGUCGAACACCGAUACAAAUCUUCAACGAAUCCUAUGGCGCUCAAAACCGGACGAGCCGAUCACCGAAUUCAAAUUAAAAACAAUUACAUACGGAACAACGCCAGCUUCCUAUUUAGCUAUGGGAUGUUUAAUGAAAUUGGCAGAAGAAAUGCAAGAGUUAUUUCCGGUUACUCAUAAAGCAAUCACUAAUGACUUCUACAUGGACGAUUAUCUGGGCGGCGCUAACGAUAUAACGGCCGCCGAAAAAUUGCGCGACGACGUUAUCAAUAUUUUAAACACCUCCGGUUUCAAAUUACGUAAAUGGAUUGCUAAUGAUUAG